AUGCCCAAGAACAGCAAGGUGACGCAGCGGGAGCACAGCAGCGAACAUGUCACCGAGUCGGUGGCCGACCUGCUGGCCCACCAGGAGCCCGUGGACUACAAACGCAGCGUCCUCAACGUGACGGGAGGGGAGGCCUGGGACAAGCAGAAGGAGGGGGAGGAGGACCUGGAUGCGGAGAGGCCGGCCUGGAACAGCAAACUCCAGUAUAUCCUCGCCCAGAUCGGCUACUCCGUGGGGCUGGGCAACGUCUGGCGCUUCCCCUACCUCUGCCAGAAGAAUGGAGGAGGCGCUUACUUGGUCCCAUACCUGGUCCUGCUCAUCAUCAUCGGGCUCCCCCUGUUCUUCCUGGAGCUGGCUGUGGGGCAGCGGAUCCGCAGGGGCAGCAUUGGAGUCUGGAAUUACAUCUGUCCCCGCCUGGGGGGCAUUGGCUACGCCAGCUGCCUCGUGUGUUUUUUCGUCGGUCUCUAUUACAACGUCAUCAUCGGCUGGAGCAUCUUCUACUUCUUCAAGUCCUUCCAGUACCCUCUGCCCUGGAGCGAGUGUCCCCUGGUGAAGAACGGCUCGGUGGCCAUUGUGGAGACAGAAUGUGAGAGGAGCUCGGCCACCACCUACUUCUGGUACCGGGAGACCCUGGACAUCUCCAACUCCAUCUCGGAGAGCGGGGGGCUCAACUGGAAGAUGACCCUGUGCCUGUUGGUGGCCUGGAGCCUUGUUGGCUUGGCCAUGAUCAAAGGCAUCCAGUCCUCCGGGAAGGUGAUGUACUUCAGCUCCCUCUUCCCGUACCUGGUGCUGGUUUGCUUCUUGGUGCGGGGACUUCUCCUGCGUGGGGCAGUGGAUGGGAUCAUGCACAUGUUCACACCCAAGCUGGACAAGAUGCUGGACCCCCAGGUGUGGCGGGAGGCGGCCACGCAGGUUUUCUUUGCCCUGGGCCUGGGCUUUGGGGGUGUCAUCGCCUUCUCCAGCUACAACAAGCAGGACAACAACUGCCACUUCGACGCCACGCUCGUGUCCUUCAUCAACUUCUUCACGUCCGUGCUGGCCACCCUGGUGGUGUUUGCUGUGCUGGGCUUCAAGGCCAACAUCAUGAACGAGAAAUGUGUGGUGGAGAAUGCUGAGAAGAUCCUGGGCUACCUGAACACCAAUGUGCUGAGCCAUGACCUCAUCCCACCCCACGUGAACUUCUCCCACCUCACUGCCAAGGACUACAACGAGAUGUACAGGGUGAUCAUGACGGUGAAAGAGGGGCACUUCAAGGAGCUGGGCUUGGACGCCUGCCUGCUGGAGGACGAGCUCAACAAGUCGGUGCAAGGGACUGGCCUGGCCUUCAUCACCUUCACUGAAGCCAUGACCCACUUCCCGGCGUCGCCCUUCUGGUCUGUCAUGUUCUUCCUGAUGCUGAUCAACCUGGGCCUGGGCAGCAUGAUCGGCACCAUGUCGGGCAUCACCACCCCCAUCAUCGACACCUUCAAGGUGCGCAAGGAGGUGUUCACAGUCGGUUGCUGCAUCUUCGCCUUCCUGGUGGGGCUGAUCUUUGUGCAGCGCUCUGGGAACUACUUUGUCACCAUGUUUGAUGAUUACUCAGCCACGCUGCCUCUCACUGUCGUGGUGAUCCUGGAGAACAUUGCUGUGGCCUGGAUUUAUGGCACCAAAAAGUUCAUGCAGGAGCUGACGGAAAUGCUGGGAUUCCGGCCCUACCAGUUCUACUACUACACCUGGAAGUACGUGUCCCCCAUCUGCAUGGCCGUGCUCAUGACCGCCAGCAUCAUCCAGCUGGGAGUCAGCCCCCCGGGGUACAGCGCCUGGAUCAGGGAGGAGGCUGCUGAGAAGUUCCUGUUCUACCCAGCCUGGGCCAUGGCCAUCCUCAUCUCCCUGAUCAUCCUGGCAUCCCUCCCUCUGCCCCUGGUCUUCAUCCUCCGGCAGUUCCACCUCGUGUCCGACGGCUCCAACGCCCUCUCCGUCACCUACAAGAAGGGCCGGAUGAUGAAGGACAUCUCCAACUUGGAAGACAACGACGAGACCCGUUUCAUCCUGAGCAAAGUGCCCAGCGAGACCCCGUCCCCCAUGCCCACCCACCGCUCCUACCUGGGGCCGGGCAGCAACUCCCCCCUGGAGAUGAGCAGCGCUCCCAACGGACGGUACGGGAGCGGGUACCUCCUGGCCAGCACCCCCGAGUCCGAACUGUGAUGGCCCCCCUGCCCGCCACCCCCGCCAGGAGAGGAGGGCACUGGGGAGUGGAUCCUGGCCGUCCAGGCAACGGGAAAAAUUCAUUAAUAAGGAAGACGAAGAAGAAACCCCCUCUUAUAAAAUCAUAACCCAAAGCAGCCGUCUGUAAGGUGACACCGGGAAGGAGGGAUUGAGGGAGGGGCAGGACUCCUCCGACAACCCUCGGCUGAAAGGCAGGACCCCCCCGGGACCGCCCCCGGGGAAGGGAGGAGGAGCAAGAGACGCUCCAACACCUUUCCGAGAGUCGUUCUCAAAUCUGAAGCAAGGAAUCUCUUUUCUAAGCAGCUGAUGGUUGGAACAAGGACCCGGAGGCAGGUUGGGAAGCCAACCCCGCUCCCUCCUGUCGCCCAGCGCUCUUCCCUCCUGUCUUUGUCCCUUAUCCGGGAGGAGUCAUGGCCUUAUUCCAACGAGCACAAUUUAACCCUUGAUGUUCAGAGCACAAAAAGGUGCUGUUGUUGUCACCAUCGUUGUUGUUGUUGUAUCUCCUGUAGGUUUUUAUAGCUGUGGACACACCCAAAUGACCCCCAAAAUCCUGACCAGGGUUGGCAGGGAGCAGCACGGGGGUGGCUGGGACUGUGGAUGGUGGAUCCUUGGAAUCUUUGUUGCCACCAGCAUGGGAACAGUGGCUGGGGGUUGUUUGGAGGCAUGGAGAUGUCACGGCUGUGGGAUGAAGUGGCAAGUUUUGUGUUGAGUGGCAGAAAGACUUUUGAAGGGACAGUGGUUUGGGUGUGUGAGCGUUGUGGGGUCUGGCUGGGGGAGAGGAGUCUCUCCGGAGUUACUCCUCACGUGUGGGAUGUUCUGCUGAACCAAAAUCCCUGGCAUGGCGAUCGUCUCCUCUUGCUCCUCUCUUCAGAUGGCCCAGAGGGACACCCAGAGAAGCUGUGGGACAUCCAGUCCUGUCACAGUCCUGGUUUAGCUCUCAGGAAACCACCCCCUGAUUUACCUCCCGUGCCCCUCCAGCCAAGGGGAGCUGGGCAGUGACUCUCUCUGGACUUGCCUCCUCGUUUCUCCUCCUGUUCCCUUUGACUCCCCUUUGGGGGCCCUGUUGCACCCCCACAGGAGCUCACCAGCUUCUGGAUGGGGGUGACCAGUUUUUGGGGACCACAGGCAUCCGUGGAGCAGCAGCUGCUGGGAGUCCCAGGAGUGGGAGAUCCCAGAUCUCCUUGGCUCUUGAUGAGGUUGGUGAGCCCCUGCCAGAGCCCAGGGGGCCAUCCAUGUCUUUUGGGGGAUCAGAUUGAUGUGACUGCAUGUUGUUUCUCCCCAGGUUGUUUGGGAAAGGGGGGGAUCUCCCAGCUCUGAGUCUCUCCCACUGGGACUGGGGCUCAUUUCCCUAAAUGCCACAGGUAGCCAAGCACUUCUGCCAAGGGGCCCAGUACACCCUGGCACGUUCCCCCUUUCCCAGUGGGGACAGGGAAGCAGCAACCUGCCUGGGCUCUCUCUGCCUCUCAGCACUUUGCUGUGGCCUCCAAAAGCUGGGGGAGCACCUCAUCCUUGGUCCUGCUGGGCUCGGGUCAUGCACGAAGGUGUUUCAGGCCAGUCUGAAGGUCAGGUUUGGGGGGGCUGGUCCGUGAGUCCUUCUCUCCUUUCCCUCUUCUGCUUUCCUGCCAAUGGCUCUUCUUCCACCUUGGUUUUGUUUGGGAGGUGAGUGAAGGCAGAAGGUACCUGGUCCAUUCACCACAUCCCUGACCUCUCAGCAUUCCUGGGGCCAGGGGGUUCCCCACAGUAACAUCUCCUGUGGGUUCUGAUCCUUUAUUUGUUGUCCUUCUUCGUGGGCUUAGCUGGUGACCUGGGGACUCUUCCCGGACAAUUAGCUCAAGCCCUUCAUCAGCCAUUUUUCCAGGGGAAAAUGGAGGCAAGGACUGAACUGAGGCAGCUCAGUGAUGGCUCUGAGAGGCACCAGAUCCGUGUGGUCAGGAUCAGCAGUGCUCCUCCAGCAUUCCCCCUUCCCCAUCCCUCCAAGGUCCUGUCCCUGCAGAGGGACACUGAAACGUCCCCACUGCACCACCCCUGAGGGGGAGAAGCCCAAACCUGGUGGGUUUUCCUCAUCAUUAGUCAACAUGUUCCUUCCCAUCCCUGUUUGGAUCCAUCUCCACCUGACCAGCAAAACAGGAUGAGACAAAUCGUGUCCCAGUGUCCCCUUCCCGAUGCCCCCGAGCCCGGGGGCCGCGUUCCCCCCGCAGCUCCCACGGAGUUGGUGGAGCAGGACACCUCCCACGGCCGAAACGCUCCACCCCAUCCAGCCCCAGGGUGUGGGGAAGGAUCCGGCCCCCCGUGUCUCCCAGCCCCAUUCCCAAAGCAGCCAGGGAGGCUUCGCUUCCCUCCCCUCUUCGUGCAGCAUCGACGAGAGGCAAAGUCAACAGGAAGGCAAUGAAAAAAGCUAUAUUAUAUAUAUAUACAUAUAUAUAUAUAAAAUAUAUACAGAGAGAGGAGAUGGGAUAAUAACCUAGAGAUUCUCUAUUUCUAUUGUAUAUUUAUUCUGUAAAUGUCACUGUAAAUGCUGUUAAAUGACAAACUGUAUUCCAAAGUG